AGAAGCCUUGUCAGCACGUGAAUAUACUUUUGAAAAAAGGUGGUAGGAAGUAGAGAACUACGAGGGAAAGGAGCAAAAAAACUAUAACCAGCCAGCACUUUGUCCACAGCGUUUUUUUCUCCGCUUUUGUUGAAGUAAUUCUAAUUGCAGUUGUUACAGGAAACCGAAACACACAGUCGUGCUCUUGGGGAGAACACUACAUCAUGCCCGAGCUGAAGCGCGAUUCCGCGGAGCAGGCGGCGGAGGAGCCGCCGCAGAAGCUCGACUCGCCCGAAAAAAAGGCGGAAUCCAGUCCAGACGGGGACAUGAGCCUCGGCGAUUGCGGUUCGUCGGCCAGCAAGCCCGCAGCGUUGAAGAAGCGGGAGGAGGAACACUCCGGGUGUCCUCUUGCCGAGGUGGAACUACACGGACCAGCCGCAGGGGAAGUGGUAAAUGGUGCGAUCAUCCAGGAGUCUGCAGGAUCGUCGUCUAGCGCCGCAGCCGUGCCGGCGGUCGACGAAGUAGAAGUACAACAACCCGUGGUGAACGAAGAUGAGCUCGACCAGGCGAAGAUCGGUGGUGCAGUCGACGAGGACGUGACUGGCGAAGCUGCAGGAGCCGCCAGCAGCAACGAGCCGCAGUUCGUCCCAAACGACCCGGUCGGGAUUACCACCACGGCGCAAGAGCAGGAAACCGGUAACAACAGUACCGUCAUGACGCCGAUGUUUGGUUCCGCGGCACCCGUGGGGCACACCCCGGGCGACACCGAAAGCUUCGUCGCGUACAAGGAAACCAGCAAGGCCUCCGAGGUCGUGCAGGCAGGGAAAGAGGAGAGCGAAAGAAAAGCAGAGGAAAGCUGUCCAAAGAACGAAGUGGAGAUAGAAGAUGACAGCGUGAUGAUGGGCGAAGCAGAGGGAGUAUCAAAUGUAAAAAUGUCUGGGUCUGGAAGAUUACGAGAUUUGUCAUGCAUAUUUCGGAUCACGCAAAUGGCGUCUGAUGCAGGCAAAAGCAUCACAGGUUUUGAGCACGCCUCAUGAUGCCUGUCCCGCAUGAGAAACUUCCUACUUGCGGGCCAAGAAAUGGCCAGCUUUUGGCGCUCAUGCAACACAAGAUUUUGCGUGUUCCAGAGUUUGCAUCACAAGUUCCAACUCUUCCAGACCCAGACAUUUUUGCAUUUGAUAGGGAGCAGCAGCCGCUGCGGGUGCCAGCGGUGUCGAAGAAGACGAAAUGGCAGACCUCCACGUGAUCCAUGCGGUGGAUGAAAGCGCUCCCGCUGAAGCGCCGGCGAGCGGAGCGGCAGAGCUCGAGGCGGAAGAGGCGUUGCCGUCGGGAGCGGAAGGGGAGACAAAGCAGGACGAGGUGGACGACAACAAUGCCAUGGAGGUGGAAGAAGAAGGCCUCUCGAAAGCGGCGGAGUCGGUUGCGGUACCGGCGGACGCAGUGGCAGCGGAGGUACUUAGUGAUUUUUUCCUCCACAACCUGGGUCGAGACCCUGGAUUUCGUUUGCUCCGCUACAUCUUUAUUCCGCAGGAGAGGACAUCAACACUAGACUAUUGAUUCCUUCUUGGUGUAUGUUGUAGCAGAGCAGCUCACGACGGCAGGGCAGAUAAGAUAUCGAAGUACAGAUGUUCUUGUGUGUACAGUGCCAGUGCAGCUGGUCAGGUUUGUCAGAUGAAGGCAUCAUGGUUGUGAUUGGUGCAACUCUUAUCUCACAAACACAGGUGGAAGCGGCUUUUUCGGAGGACAUUUCCAUCAUCAAGGAGGAGGAGGACGAGUUGCCCGGACAGGAGUCCGAACCCGCGGUAGCGGAAAUCGUGGCCCCCGCGAAGGAACCGGAAAAACUCGCCCCGGCGACCAGCAACAAGCCGGCUGGGCUCGCGAAGUCUUCCUCCUCGGCUGCGGGCUCCUCCAGGACACCCCGACGCGCGGAAGGGCCGCCAGCCUCCUCGAUGGCGACCGGUGCGGGGGUAAAACCGGUGCAGCUUCUCGGAGCUGCUACGAAAAAGCGACCGGCCGCUGCGGAGGUCGAGCCACGAUCGGCCAAGCGCGUUAAGACGGCUCCGGGGGUAGAUAGUGAUAGAUAGAUACACAAAGCUUUUUGUUGGCACUUAUGUUUUUGUUCAUAGUACUAGAGACGUGGUAUAGAUUGGAGAACUGAUGCUUUGACGUGGUAUCGAUUGAAAAAUACGCAUGCCUACACCAGACCGGCCUGACACCGGCGCGGCGGGCCGAGCGGCUCGCGGCCGAGCAGGCGCGCACCAGCAAGUUUCAGGAGCAACUGUCAACGAAGCAGGAAAAGGCGGAGGAAAUGCAAAAGAAGAAGGAGGACGCGAAGGCGGCGCGGGAAAAAAUCAAGGAGAUCGCGGAUCGCAUCCACUCCAACCUGAGUACAAAGCUAGUCAAGAAGAAGGGAGAGUAUGUUGUCCCCGGAGGUACAGUUGUUGAAAAAUAGUUCUACUUUUCGCAAUACUUUCUGUGUUAAGUUGCAGCACAGUUGUACAUAGGGGCGUUUGCUGUGUGGGCCGUUCCUGCGGGUGAAGAAGCGAGCGGUUUUCGUCCGCGGGUUGUUUCACAGUUCCGAAAAGGGGGCCAAGCUCGUCCAUACCGUGGGGCUUGGGCCUUGCGUGCCUCGCAGGAAAUUUUCGCGCGCGCAGCGUCCGGGCGCUUGCUCUGGUGUUCACCGGGCGAGGGAAGGAGUGAGUGGCAUUUUGCCGUGGGCAUUUCGAUUGUUCCGAAAAGGCGGCCAGGCUCGUCCAUACCGUGCGGUUUGGGCCUUGCGCCGACUUCCUGUUUGGGUUGUAGCCCACGUACAUACAGCAAGAGGUCGCGCCCCACGCAAAGAAAAUGUGGCGCCUCUUUAGUACCCCCUAAUAUAGUGGUUCUACUAGGACGGGUUGGAAUUACAAUUAUUGGAAACAGAUUGCGCGCGUAUUAUAUAUGCUGUUUUGUUUCUAUUUUGCAGGAAGCGUCCAGUUCCAGGCGGAGCUGAAGGUCCUGCAGACGAUGUGCCCGCCCCCGCAGGCGGAGCAGCAGACGGGAAUCACCUGGACCACCACCGUGGUGAACGAGGGGGCCAAGCCGCAAACCAUCCGGACCAUCACGCUGACCAAGCAGGCGUGCUGCCAAAUUUUCGGUACCGGGAAGAUGCGGGGCGGUUCGCAGAACGUGAAGGGGGAAGUGGUGAAGAUGCAGCUGGUGCACAAGCAGAAAUCGAACCUGUGCGUCACGUACGAAACCGGGGCGGUGCAGUAGAAGACGAGGAGCUGGACGACGACCAGCGGCUACUUCGACAAUUUUGAUCCACCGCUCAGAACACGACAGGAAUUUGUCGUCCUUUUUGGGAUGUGUCACGACGAUUCAUGUGACAGAAGCGAUUCGAC